AUGCGUGAAGUUCCAAAUUCAGAUGGUAUGACACCACAUGAACUGUUUACCAAGAAUCAUGAGACACUAAAAAAGGAGGCAGAAGAUUCGAUGAAAGGAACAGCAAGUUCUUGUACUGUUGUUGGCGCUCUUAUAGUUACCAUGAUGUUUGCUGCAGCAUUUACAGUUCCUGGUGGAAACAAUGGCAAUACAGGUGCCCCGAUGUUUAUAACUAAGAAGUUGUUUAUGGUGUUCAUAAUUUCAGAUACUCUAUCACUCGUUUCUUCAACAACUUCAGUCAUAAUAUUUUUAGGAAUCCUCACGUCACGUUAUGCAGAAGAUGAUUUUCCUAAGAAUUUGCCGACAAGGAUGAUGAUAGGUCUUUCCACCCUUUUCAUCUCAAUUGGCACCAUGAUGAUUGCCUUUUCUUCUGCCCUCAUCAUCAUGCUCGAUAAAGAAUACUCAUGGGCCGUUAUUCCUAGCAUUUUUGCUGCUAGUAUUCCAGUUGCCUCAUUUAUAUGGUUGCAAUUUUCACUCCUUAUUGAUGUAAUAUGUUAUUUUGGAUCCUAUGUAAGUGCUUAUGAAUUUCUGAUCAUUUAA